GGAGAACUGCAGUCAAGAACUGAGCAUAUGUUCAGAUCUAGUUCAGCUUAUAGCUUUCUCCCUGAAGUUGACACCAGCUGCAUCUCACCAGCUAUCUGGACUGUGGCACUUGUUACACCUUAAUGAAAUAUCCCCUGAAGAAAUGUCUGCCCUGUCAUCUCAACUAGUUAAUGCUGCGUUAGCAUCCUUUUGGAGCAGCACUUUCACCACUGACCCAGACUACUGGUUGACUUGGAGGCCGCUACCUGCAACAGAGGAAAAGAACUUUUCUAAAUCCCAUAUGAACUGUUCUAUGAAGGGCCCAGGUAUUUUGACCCGAGCCGUUUUCUCAAAGUGCUUCUUUGAAAUUCUAACUAGCAGCAGCAAGACAAACCAGUGGGAUGUGAGUGGGCUUCCUGUUCUGUCAUCAUCCCACGUGACACUGGGAGAAUGGAUGGAGAGAGCACAGCAGCUUCAUGAAGUCAGCACAGCACUGUGGACCAACCUGGCUGUCUCUUCAAUAGCAGAUUUUAGAUACACAGAUGCUAGACUGCAGGGAAUAAUGCUAGGUAGACAACUCUCUGCCCUGGUAGAUCUGGUUCCAGUGGAUCUUCAAGUAGAAUUUUUGGAGUGCUGUGAGAAGCUCUACCUCAAGGAUCCUGUUGCAUACGAGUACCUUCUCAAGAUACUUAGAAGCAUCACUGAUCAGGAGUUACUUCCUAAAGAAUUCCUAUUUCUCCUGCUCACUUGCUUGCAGCAGUUCUCUGGGGAAGGGCUUAAGGAGUUACCAGAGACAGCUUGGCGAGGAAGCCUCUGGGUGAAUAUUGGUUUGGUGCAGAUCCAGGUGUGGCUUCCGCAGACCAGGUUCGAUCCGGCUGUCAAAAGAGAAUACAAACUCAAGUACACAAAAGAAGAGUUAUACCAGCUGGAGUGUGAAUGGAAAACAAAUGAUUUCUCAUCCCAGCUGCAUACAGGAAAAAGUAUUGAAGAUGAAGCAGUCAGCAACUAUAUUCAUCCCCAUCUCAGACUGUUGCAUGAAAGAAUGCAAAGGUUGAAGGAGCAAAUAAGCAGUAUUUCCAGAAAAAAGGCCUUCAGGCCUCCAGCUCCAACCUAUGAUUGCUUAUACCAGGAGGCUCACCAGUACAUCAACAGCAUAGCGCGGGUUUCUUCAGUCCAAGAUCUUUUAGCCCGCCUUCUGCAGUUCCUCCGUGGAGAAAGACCUAAAUCACUCCAGGCUAUACAAACCCUCUUAAAUGAAGAAGCAUCUUGGCAACAAUCACACCACCAGUUUAGAAAACACCUGGCAGAGGACUACGCUGUAUUCCCCGAUGCCAUCAUUCCACUGCAAGCCGCCAUCUUACAGUUGCAACAUGGCAUGCGACUAGUGGCUUCUGAAGUUUAUACAGCGCUCAAAAGUUUUGUGCGACCAGCUGAUCUGACCAACCUCCUCACUUCUUUGUUGACAUUUCCUUCUAUUAGCCAUGCCUUCCCCACUUACUUUGCUCGUGCAGAAAUUUUAUGCUCAGUGAAUUCAGUUGAGGUCCUUCAUGGACUUAAAAAGUUUUCUCUGAAGCACUCUGAAGGAGAAUCUGAGGGCAUAGAGCAGCCUUGCCCAACUCUGGAACAGCUCCUAGUGAAUGCUUUGUUGCAUCUUCGAUGCCAUGUGCUAUCUAGAGGAGAGAUGGACUGGAAAUCUCUGCAGCUUUUCAGACAUCUGUGUCAGGCAAUUAUAAAUGAAUGGGAUGAACAGGAACGCCGUGCCCAAGAGCGGGAGGCAAUGGAACGCAGUCUGUACAGAUACAGAAGUAAAAGUCAUGGAAAAGGACGGAGUGAGGAAGAAGAGGAAGAAGAAGAAUUUAGGAGGAGAUUUCCCCUUCACGAAAAGGACUUUGAAGAUAUCACAGCUCAGGCAAGCCUAGAAGAAAAAAUGGAAACUGAAGAUCCAUUGGAAGACCAACUGGAAGUUGAUAGAGCCCUUUUGUCCAAGAGCUCUAUGCAAACAGUAAUGAUGGUUCAUCAACAGUUGUGCUUAAACUUUGCUCGAUCCUUGUGGUAUCAACAGAGUCUGCCUUCUCAUCAGGCCAAACAUUAUUUCAGUACAUUUAUUUCCUGCUAUCAGACUGGUGCAUGCCUGGUGUCACAAUUCUAUCCUUUGAUUGGUGCCGAAAUGAAUGAUAGUCUUCUGGGAAGCCAACUUCUAGUUAGCACUCUUCUUCACAAUACUUUUUUUGAGGAAUUAACUUCAGAUCUUGUGCUGCAGCAAGAUGGCCCAUAUGACUUUUACCAACAUCCUAAUAUUCAGCAAGUCCGACAGUGCCAACCUGUCCUUGAUAAUUUUGCUAAAGAAGUGAAUGGGUUACUGCAGGAAUGGCCGGAGCAUCCAGUACUUGUGCAGCUGUUGGUUGUGAUGGACAGAAUACGGAGUUUCCCACUCUCUUGUCCUCUCUCGAAGUUCCUGAAUGGCUUGGAAAUUCUUCUUGCAAAGGCACAGGACUGGGAGGAGAAUGCUAGUCGAGCUUUGUCCUUGCGAAAACAUCUUGAUUUGGUCACACAACUGAUUAUUCAGUGGCGUAGAUUGGAGUUGAAUUGCUGGUCAGUAAGUUUGGACAACAUUAUGAAGCAGCAUGUAGAGAAAUCCACAAAGCACUGGUUCUCAAUCUAUCAGAUGAUUGAGAAGUAUGUUCAAGAACAGACAGAGGCAAACACAGAAGAAACUGAGCAAAUGGAUCUGAAAACGCUGGUCAGCACACUACAAGCUUUCAUUGAAGGAGCCACACUGGGAGAGUUUCAUGUGCGACUUCAAGCACUACUGGUGUUCCACUGCCAUGUCUUGCUGAUGCCUCAAGUAGCAGAAAAGGACGUUCUGUGCAGCAUCCUGUGGAACCUAUACAAUUACUAUAAGCAGUUUUCAGAGUGUGUUGAGGCCAGAAUCGCUGAACUUCGGCAACCUAUAGAAAAGGAACUUAAGGAAUUUGUGAAAAUUUCAAAGUGGAAUGACGUCAGCUUCUGGGCUAUAAAACAAUCAGUUGAAAAAAUACGCAGGACCCUCUUUAAAUUCAUGAAAAAGUUUGAAGUUGUUCUGGAUGAGCCAUGUCGGCCUGCCUUGGUGGAAAUUGGUAAGGAAGAGCAGUUGGACUGCUUGCAAAAGCAGGAAGAAUCUGAGAACAAAGAGACCAAAGUUCAGAGGCUAAACAACGCAUUAAGAAAAAUUCUGUCUGCUCGAACAGAUGUUGCCAAGAGGGCACUCCCAGAAGAAUGUCAGAAUGGUAUUACAUUUCAUACAGAAUCUCUUCAGUAUCGUCUGCCUAAGCUUACUAAAAAAAUGAAGAAAAUGUGUACAACAGUUACAGAAAAUAGUUCAUUCUUAAGGCUGGUGGAAAAUCUUGACCAGUUCACAGGUGAUAUCAUUGUUUCUGUAGUUGAACUGCAAAAUUUAACAUUUGAUCAGACAGCAGAUAAGGAGAAGCAGAAAUCAGAGGCAAAGCAUAUUCAGAUGCAAAAGCAACGGGCUUUGUCAGAUCUUUUUAAAAGCCUUGCUAAAACAGGUUUGUCAUACCGGAAAGGUCUGUCUUGGUCCCGUUCAAAAGACUAUCGUGAAAUACUCUACUUACGUCCACUGGACUUGCGUACUGCAUUAGGUGUAGUAAAUUGUACACAUGAACUGGAUGCCACGUUGCUGACAGAGAUUUCUUCUGCCUGGGAUGGAUGCCAGAAGUACUUCUAUCGGUCGCUGGCACGCCACUCUAGACUUCAGACAGCAUUGUUAGCACCUGCCAAGGAUAUUGGACUAGGUAGCGUUGAACGAUGCAAAGGGUUCACUGCACACCUCAUGCAGAUGCUUGUCAGACAGAGACAAUCUCUUACUGCAUUGACAGAACAAUGGAUCUUACUGAGGAACCUCCUGAGUUGUAUACAAGAGAUGGAUUCUAGGUUGACUGCUGACAGAGAAUAUAAUGUAGCAUUUCCUCCUCAAGACGGUAUUCAACACUGGACUGACAGACUGCAGCAGCUUUCCAUGCAGUGCAUGAUGGUUCUCGAGGAGCUGUCUUGGUUUAUACAAUGCUGCCCAAAAGAAGAGUUAACAAAGCACAGUGACAGUGAAAGGACAGAUGUCAAAACAAACACUUUUCAGGGUUCAGGACCUGAAAUGGGAAAUGUUUUUACGGGAAUACCUGACCUAAUUCCCUCAGAGCUAAAAUACUUGUCUCCAGUAACAAUUGAGCAACUGCCUCCUGGAUGCAGGAUGCGAAAUAAGGAUCAGUUAUGGCUGCAGCUAGCUACACAAUUGACUGUGAUGCUGGCAAAUGUGAAGACAAUGAAAGCAGAAGUGGACAAAGUAAGACAACAGUCAUGUGAGACCUUGUUUUAUUCCUGGAGAGAUUUUGAAGUUUGCACAUCAGCUAUGAGUUGUUUGCUUGAAGUCUCAGCUCAGUUACAAGGCAUAGAGUCCCUGUUUCUUCCAAAUGGGGAAGACAGGCAAGCUGCAAAUCAGAUGGCCCUCAUCAAGAGCCUAAAGUAUAUACAAGAAGUAGUUAAUAACACAUCUGCAGAUUUCACAGCCUGGAGAACACAGCUUCUUGCUUCCAUGUCAAAUUGCAGUGGAAAUCAACGGUCAGAUGAAGAGUUUGUGGAGCACUUCUCAGCAAAAGUGGAAACUGUUAUCCGUGUUGUUCUGUAUGCUAUCCAGUGUUUGGUAGAGAGAAAACAGGAAGAUGGAAAAGAGGAAGAAGAAUCUCCAGAGGAAAAUGAGGAUGCAGCGUCAUUUGACGUGAUUAAAGCAGGACAUAUAACGAAGCUUUUGGAUGAAGAUCUCUUGGCUGAUUUGGAUUCUUUGCAUGUGCAGAAAGCAAUUUUAGCAGUUUCAGAACUACUGGAGAACCUGAAAUCUUAUGGGGAAGAUUACACUUCAGAUAAACAUACGUUCUUCAACCAGUCCUGCUACUUGCUUCUGCGUCUAAAGCCCAUGCUCUGCAAGUAUUCAGACCUUAUCCUGUUCUACCUCACUGUUUCACUGGCGUCUCACAGGAGUACUGGAAAAUUGCUUUCUGUUCUAACUAGCAUUUUUACAGAGCUUGCCCAAAAGGGGUUUUGUCUGCCAAAAGAAUUACUUGAAGAUGAAGCUGGAGAGGGAGCAACACAGUUUCAUGAUUACGAGGACGGUGGUAUUGGCGAUGGGGAAGGCAAGAAGGAUGUGAGCGACAAAAUAGAAAGUGAAGAUCAGAUAGAAGACAGUUUUCAGAAGGGUGAAGAGAAGGAGAAAGAGGAUCAAGAUUCUAAACCAGACAUUGAAGGAGAAGACAAUGCAAUUGAAAUGUCAGAAGACUUUGAAGGAAAAAUGCAUGAUGGAGAACAGGAGAAAAAAGAAAAUGAUGAAAAUUCAGAUGAAGAGGAGGAGCUGGAUAAGCAGAUGGGAAAUCUUGAUAAUGCUGAAGCUGAUGAUAAACUGGAUGAGAGGCUCUGGGGGGAUGAAGAUGAAGAUGAUGAUGAAGAUGCCAGUAGUAAAACAGAAGAAACUGGACCAGGAAUGGAUGAGGAGGAUUCGGAGCUCGUUGCAAAAGAUGACAAUCUGGGCACAGGAAACAAGGAUAAUAAAAAACAGCCUCCCAAGGAUGAGGAAAACGAGCAGCAAGAAGAGGACAGUGGAAACAAAGAGAAAAUCCAUGCACAAAUUGAUGAGCGUGAAUAUGAUGAGAAUGAAGUAGAUCCUUAUCAUGGCCAGCAAGAAAAGCAGCCUGAAGUUGAACCUUUGGACCUCCCUGAUAAUUUGAACCUGGAGAAUGAUGAGAAGAGUGAGGAGGAGGAAGAGGAUGAAGAAGAAGAGAAUGCUUUUGAAGUAGAUGAGAAACCUGUUGAUUUAAAUGAGGCAGAGACGACAGAAGAACAGAACGAAGAGGAUACUGGUGAGACAGAAAGAGAUGAUCAAGAUGUAGAACCAGCUGAAGAAGGUGUUUCUGAAGAUAAAGAGGAGAAUGAUGAGGAUGAAGGGGACAAAGAUGCUGAUGAUCAAGAAGAAAAUGCAGUGAACACUGAGGAUGCAGCAGCAGAAGAGGAGGAGUCACAACCACCUGAUGAGGAAAAAAAAGAAUCUGAUGAAGAUAAGGGAAUCCCUGCUGCUGACCAAGGUCUUCAACCUCAGGAAGAAGAGGGUAAAGAUAAUUCGGAGAUGGAUGAAGAGAUCCCUGAGCAUGAGGAAAGAGCGGAGCAUGAGACACAAGGGCAGACUGGGCAAGAAAACCUGCAGAGUGACAGUGCUGUUGAGCUGGCUGGAGAGGCUUCAGAAAGAGACCAGUCUAAAGAGGAAUAUGGAAGUGGAGCUUCAAGUGCAAAUCAAUCUGAAGGCCACGAAUCGACGCGCAUGGCCCGGAUGGCUUCUCAGAAGCAAAGCAGAAAAAAUACCCAGAGUUUCAAGAGGAAACCAGGUCAGGCAGACAAUGAGCGCUCAAUGGGAGAUCAUAAUGAACAUAUCCACAAGCGACUGAGAACCAUAGAAUCCAGCAGUGAAGCAAAGCAGAAUACAACUCAGCCUGAACAAAACGUGGAGGAGGCUGAUGCAUUUGAACAUAUCAAACAAGGCUCUGAAUGCUAUGAUGCACAGACAUAUGAUGUAGCUAGCAAGGAGCAAGAGAAACCUGUUAUGCCUCUUGAAGAAAAGGAAGAGGGAGAUUCUGAAGACGCAGCUAUGGAAACGGAUAUGCAGAACAAUGAGGAUCUCAGAGCAGUAGACACAGAGGAGCUGAAGCCAGAAAAAAAGAAGUGUACUGCCACUAAAACUCCUGGACCAGGUGAGGCGGAGCCAGAGAUCCAGACUUUUGACUCGGAGGAUGUCAGUGACUCUACAACAGAAAAGCUGCCAAAGGUGACUGAAGAGAAACCAGAGAGAAGUACAGACUCGACCAUACAUACAGCCCAUCAGUUUUUGAUGGACACUCCCCAGCACAUCGUUAGAGAUCCUGAAGAGCUAAGAAAGGAACUUGAAAGGCAAUUGGAAGCUUGGCAGACACAGCAGUCUGGAACUCCAGAUGAGGAGAGGGAAGCAGCACAGUUGUGGCAGAGGUAUUUAGUACUGACAGCUCCUCUAUCACAGCAGCUUUGCGAACAGCUACGACUCAUAUUGGAACCCACUCAGGCAGCAAAACUGAAAGGAGACUACAGAACAGGGAAGAGACUGAACAUGCGCAAAGUGAUUCCAUAUAUUGCCAGUCAGUUCCGAAAAGAUAAGAUCUGGUUGCGAAGGACCAAGCCCAGUAAACGACAGUACCAGAUUUGCUUGGCUAUUGACGAUUCCUCCAGUAUGAUAGACAAUCAUUCUAAACAGCUUGCAUAUGAAUCCCUGGCAGUUAUUGGAAAUGCACUGACUCUUCUAGAAGUGGGACAGAUUGCUGUGUGUAGCUUUGGAGAGACUGUUCAGCUGCUGCACCCAUUCCAUGAACAGUUCAGUGACCAGUCAGGGACACGGAUAUUGCGUCUUUGCAAAUUUCAGCAGAAGAAAACAAAAAUAGCCCAGUUUCUAGAAUCAUCAGCAAAUAUGUUUGCUGCAGCACAGCAGUUGUCUCAAAAUAUUAAUCCGGAAACAGCGCAGCUGCUUUUGAUUGUAUCUGAUGGAAGAGGCCUUUUCUUGGAAGGCAAGGAACGAGUGACGGCAGCAGUUCAAGCAGCUCAGAAUGCCAAUAUCUUUGUUAUUUUCGUAGUGUUGGACAAUCCGAAUUCCCGGGAUUCCAUUUUGGACAUUAAAGUACCCAUAUUCAAAGGACCUGGAGAAUUGCCUGAAAUCAGAUCAUACAUGGAAGAAUUCCCAUUCCCAUUCUACAUGAUCCUUAGAGAUGUGAACGCGCUUCCAGAAACUCUCAGCGAUGCACUCAGACAGUGGUUUGAACUGGUGACUGCCUCGGACGCUUUGUAGACAAAGUCAAUACCUGAUUGCUGCUAAACUGCUGAAAGAUAUGAAAUGGCAUUUCAUCGGAGAGUUUGUAAGGUCUCUUUCUAACUAGGAUUAAUCAGACCGCCUAAGAACAAAACGGUUUAGGUUCAUUCUUCCACAGUUGUCAGAGGAGAAUCACGCAAUGGUGAGACUGUCGUCUUCUUUCAUUGCCUAUU